AUGCAGAUCUCCACGAAGAUUAUUCUGGAAUCCUAUAAGCAAGCUCUCGCUACCGCCCAUUUGCUCAAUUCGGCCCAACUGUCCACUGCUCUUAUAGAGAGUGAUUUUGCAUUUGCAAUAUCAAAAUAUUGCGCUCAUGUUCGUUUGUGGAACGGUCUUGAAGUUUUAAUCCGUCCAAUUCUACCAGUUGACAUUGACCGCAUGAAAGAAAGUGUGUUCCAUGUCCUCUCCAAUGGCGAAGUAAGCCAAGAAUCCCUAUCCCUCCGAUUCAAUGCGGUCACCAACGUCGUAAAAGACGACAUGCUACGCUACUUUACGAACAUCGACUACGACAGUCAUUUCGCCUUUGCUGCGCUCAUAAAAGAAGGUUCUACCUGGAAAGGAGUCGCUACAGCCCGUAUCAUCCAAGACAAAGACGACUCUUCUGUCGCGGAAUGGGCAGCGAUCGUUUUAGACGCCUAUCAUGGUAUGGGAAUCGGCUCCUGCCUUCUCUACUGCCUCUCCUGCAUGGCCUCCCACUUCGAUAUCCGGCGUCUCUGCGCGGUGGUUCACCACGAAAACUACCCCGUUCUGCACUGGAUGAAGAAGGCCAGCGCCUACCAAGAGUUCUACCGCGACUGUCGCUUCUGGAUGUUCGAAACGCCGCUGAACAAAACGUGGAUCCCUUCCGACGAGGUACGGGAGCGACUUGAGCGCGCAGCGCACGGAAAGGGAGGUGUGGAGGAUGAGUGCAUGCAGGAACUGCAGAGGACCGUGAAAAAAAUCGAUCAGGAGCGAUUUUUGAAUGGGUGUAGACGGACAGUGGAGGAGACGGGGAUGAAGGAGACAAUGAGCGGGAAACGAAAUGCUCCAGUUGUAUCUUUUGUAACAUCGGGACAGGAUGACUUUGAUAUUGGUGAUUUGUUUUAG